UACAUAGAAAUUAAAAAUAAACAAAUAACAGAACCAAAUUUCUGAUCGGCUCCGGUAGCUAGUAACCGCGGAUAUAAACCGCUGACGCUGAACGAUGAGUACAGUUAAGUCAAAUUCCGGCACCGGAAAUGAAAAUAUGGUACGGAUAACAAUCAGAAUGAUCGGUCCUUCACCUCCAUCUUCCUUAGACGUCCAUUCUCCGAUCAAAGUGUGUGAUUUAAGAAAUCUGAUUGCGGGGAAUGGUCGUUUGCCUUUGGAACGUUUGAGUCUUGUUUUACAAGGAAAUGUGUUACAUGACAGCAAAUAUGGCGAGGAUUCAACAGUGGUUUUCAACAAUGGAGAUACUCUUAUUGUUGCUGUUAAACCAAAAGCUCCAGCCAUUCAGAAUGGGUUUGAGGAUGAUGAAGACGAGGAAUUGCAGAAGUUUCAACUCCCACAAUUAAAUAGCAGAUGGAAGAGGAGGCUAUUUAUCCUUCUACAUGAUAAGUUGAGGAUACCUGAUAUGCUUCUGGUUGCAAUCUUCUCUCUCAGACUAAAGGUGUGGGCUAUAAUCAUCAUGUGGUUUAUAUUGGCCCCUAUUGCACACAAAUGGGAUGUAGGACCUUUAUACAUACUUGGAACCGGUUUUGCCAUCAUCUUUCUUAAUCUUGGGCAACGGAAACAUGGUGAUAUGAGUGCCUAUUCCAUCUUCAACGAAAAUUUCAGAGAACUCCCCGGGACCUUCAAUGCAGAUCGAGUCGAUAGAGAUAUCCGAGCAGGUCAGUUGUAGUUAGGUGUUCAUAUUCCAGAUCACGCUAAAUUUUUGUUGUAUCAUACUUGUGUACAAAAGAUCAAUGUGCAAAUCUUGGUAUAGAAUAAAUUUAAUUCCCGUUUGGUUCCAGUUA